GCGGCUGAGCAUGGAGGCGUUAAUGCGGGUGAUGGCCGCCAAGAAGCGGGAGGUCUCGGUAGUUAAGGAGAAGAGACAGAGCAAGAAAGAGAAGUAUUUGCGUCGCGCUGAGGUGGAGUCACUGCUUGAAGAAGAGGAGAAAGCGAAGGAGGCUCCGUCCAAGAAACGCAAACUGGACCAGAAGACUGAGAGCGCCGGCAGCAGUCAACAAGCGCAGGAAGCAGCUGCAGAACGUACCGAUGACAAGACACAAGUGAAGGAAGAGAGCCAGGCUGUCUUGUCAUGGCCAGAUCUGCGUCGACGGCUGCGAGAACUGGGCGAGCCCAUCACUCUCUUUGGUGAGAGUAUGAAGGAUCGCAUGACGCGUCUCCGCCGAGCGGAGAUGGAUGCUGUCACCAAACACGAGGUGGAGCUGGGAGCAGGCCAUGAUAUUCGCAACCGCUUCGUCGGUGGAGACGGUGGUGUGCAUGGAGACCAGAAAGAUACAGCGGACGACGCGGCGGAAGACGCUGAAGAAUUUGACAUCGCAGACACCGCAGAGGAUGGCGGGAAGAGCAAGACAGGGGGCGGAAAUGAAGAGGACGAGGAGAAAGAUGCUGAUAAAAUGGUGUACCGAUUCUUUAAGGGCAUGUUGCAGAGGUGGGAGAAGGAUCUGGCUAGCAGACCGGACCAUGUGAAGCGCACAGCUCAAGGCAAGAUCGCGGUCAAGACUAUGAAGCAGUGUAAGGACUACAUUCGUCCACUGUUCAAGCUCUGCAAGCACCGACAAGUGCCGUCCGAUAUCCUGCCGAUUCUGGUAGAAAUUGUCAAGUUUUGUCGGCAGGGCGAGUUCGUGAUGGCGAAUGACGCCUACAUCAAGCUGGCCAUCGGCAACGCGGCAUGGCCCAUCGGUGUUACCAUGGUGGGUAUCCACGAACGUACCGGUCGAGAGAAGAUCAACUCGAACAAACAGGCACAUGUCAUGAACAACGAGUCCCAGCGCAAAUAUCUCACCUCUGUAAAGCGGCUGAUGUCGUACGCACAGUCCAUCUCCAAUGUGCUGCCGUCCAAGCGCGUUCUGUAA